CCUUCUUCCUCAGCUCACUGCUCUCUGUUGCCAGCUCUCUCCCAGCACUAUGGCUUUCAGUGGCAAAUUCGAAUUUGAGAGUGAGAAGAAUUAUGAUGAGUUCAUGAAGCGCCUGGGUCUUCCAGGAGAUGUGAUUGAAAAGGGACGUAACUUCAAGAUCAUCACAGAGGUCCAGCAGGAUGGACAGGACUUCACCUGGACCCAGUCUUACGCUGGGGGCAACAUUAUGACCAACAAGUUCACCAUUGGCAAAGAAUGUGAAAUGCAGACCAUGGGGGGCAAGAAGUUCAAGGCCACUGUGAAGAUGGAGAAUGGGAAAGUGGUGGCAGAUUUCCCCAACUAUCACCAGACCUCAGAGAUCGUGGGUGACAAAUUGGUGGAGAUCUCCACCAUUGGGGGUGUGACCUAUGAGCGUGUAAGCAAGAGGCUGGCUUGAGCCACAAGGCUGGGCUCUGAGGGGCGGCAACCCACCAAUAAAAGUGCUCCAUGAAUGACCAUUUCU